AUGAUUCGAAGACAAAAUAGACAACGGAGGGACUACCUCUACCGCAGGGCGCUCCUGCUGCGAGACGCCGAAAUUAGCGAAAAACGGGCCAAGUUGAGGGAGAGUCUUGCGACUGGCAAGCCUUUGGACCGAUCCAUCGCCAAUGACGAGCAGCUAAGGAAGGACUUUCAAUAUGACGAGGCACGACCCGACCAGAAGGACCAGUUGGAUCUCGACGACGAGUAUGCGGCGCUAUCCGGUAUUGUCGAUCCUCGAGUUCUAGUGACUACCUCUCGAUCACCCUCUAGCCGACUGGCCGCCUUUUCUAAGGAGAUACGCCUGCUGAUGCCUACGGCGAUCCGUCUAAAUCGAGGCAACACCAUUCUACCGGAGCUGGUUCGUUCCUGUAACAGUCGCGGCCUGUCAGACGUGAUCCUGCUCCAUGAGCAUCGAGGUACACCGACAGCAAUGACAGUAUCCCACCUGCCUCAUGGGCCGACGGUCUCGUUCUCUCUGCACAACGUUGUCCUGAGACAAGAUCUCCCAAACAGUCUCCGUGGUACUGUCUCCGAAAGCUACCCACACCUGAUCUUUGAGGGUUUCACCACGCCAGUUGGCCAGAGAGUCGUGAAGGUUCUCAAGCACCUCUUUCCCCCUCUGCCAGCGGCAGAAAGCAAACCGAAGAGUGGUAGAGUCGUCACUUUCAAGAAUGUGGAUGACAUAAUAGAGGUCAGGCAUCACGUGUUUGUCCGGACUUCUUAUGAUUCCUGCGAACUCAGUGAGGUAGGGCCGCGUAUGAGCCUUCGGCCCUUCGAGAUCCGCGGUGGUUCUCUCGAAAACAAAGAUGGCGACGUUGAGUGGCAUCUCAACUCAUACACUCGCACAAGUCGGAAGAAGAACUUUCUCUGA